CUAAAAUCUGGAUCCAACAUGGCGGACGUCGGUCGUGUGUUGGUUGUGAGCUGCAGUUCGUUUCUUUCCCCGGAAGAUAUCAUUAAUGGUGAGAAAAUUUAUUCACUUAAGACGAAAAAAUUUUUUUUCCCUGUGUGGGGAAACUCAGUAGUCAUUAUUUUUUGAUGGGCAAGUGUGAUCAAUGAAAAGUUCCAAAACAAAUUUAAUUGUUCGCUCGUCAGUUAUAAUUAUUAUGACCGACUUUUCUACAAGUUCUCCUUGCCCUUUUAUUGUCUAUUUCAGCAAUGUGCAAUAAGAAGCAUCCUGAGCCCACACAGCUGUCAGACAGUUUGACUUCUUACCUUUGGAAAAUAGAAAAUAAAUAUUACACCGCAGAUGUGCAUCUCUGUGCAUGUUCUGUUAGUUCUCUACCGCCACAGUGUGAGUUUGCGGGAAACAUGAAUUUUCAAAGUGUAAUUAUUACUUUUGAUCAAAAAGAGGUGAGGGCCCAUUUUUAUUUUAACUUUAAUGAUAGUAUGUUCAUAGGUAGCCCAUCCUCUGUUUGUGUCAUUUUUAUUGAUAUCUGACCUUCUACCUACAGGGAGAGAAAUACAGGUUAUUAUAAUAAUGGCAAUUGCAAUUUUCCCUGAGAAAAGAAUGAAUGUAAAUGCUUCAUUGAAAGUUCAAGUUACAUUUUAAAUAGGACAGGUGUUAUGCAUUGUUGUUGACUUUCGCUGACUCAAACUUUAUGAGGUGUCAUUUUGCUGGCUGAAAAGAAAUGAUCAUCCUACAAAAUGUUGCCUUAUACAUGUACAGCUUGAGGCUGCAUAAAAACGUUUCCCAGUUAACACUUUUGUUACUGCCAAAUAUUCAUCUGUAUUUUUUACUCUCAUUCUUGAUGCUCAGUUUUCAAUACAGAGACAACAUGAAUGAUUCCUGAUCAUUAUUGCCACCAUGAUAGGGUUGAGGAAAUUGAGCUGCACUUUGAAAGACUACAAUGAACCUGUAUUCUUAAUCCACCAUUUUGCCAGAACACUUGUGUGCCUUUUUCCAUAAAAAGGCAAUAGCCUGAGGGGAGGGGGAGAGGGUACUCCCUUGUAUAAGCUAUAUAGGUAUGUGCCAUUUCAGAGGAUAUGGUUUUUGAGCUUUUUUGGUCUAAAAAUCGGUAUAGCCUUUGCUCAUUUUGGUCUGGAAUCGUGUAUGGUUUUCAAGGAAACUACAGGAGUGUAUGAAUGUGUUUGUCGAAUGAAUAAGAAAGGAAGAUAAAUCAAUGCGAAUUCAAAGUGGAUUUUAAGUAAUCUUUUUUGUUGGCUUUUUAAUCUAAAUAACAAUGACAUGACUUCCUAGAGGCGGGGUCUAAAUACGAGUAUGGGUUUUAGAGACCGGGUCGUAAAGUAGGUGUGAAAACAUACCAUUGUUUGGUCUGAAAUAGGGUCAGGACUUGGAGAACCAGGCGGCACACCCCCACCGAAAAAAAAUUUCCCAGCAGUUUCCCCCGGGGAUUUUUUAGGUGAAAAACCCAUAUCCUACUGGUUUGCACAUUCUAACGUGGGUAUAUACUUGUUACAUGUAGAUGUACCUUAAUUUCUCACCCUCAUCCCCAUCACUUCUUACAGUAUACUAUUCAAACAGGAACCUUUAUCUUUAAUCAUCAUUAGAUAACAGCAUGUACUAAACUGUCAAUCUUAAUUAUUUUAUCUUCCUCCAUAUCAAUUUUUUUUUAACCAAAUACAAGGGAAAAUAAUGCAUAAUAUAAAAUUCACAGCAUGAAUAAGAAUUUUGCUGGUUUUGUUACUGUUCAUAAUUAUCAUCUAUCCUAGAAAUCUAGUUUUGAGGAAGUAGCCUCAUGGCUGUCAUACAUUGAGUCCAAGGAUCCAUCUGUCUUGUUACUGAUCAAUUCUGGUAAAGGAGAAUUAGACAAUGGAGGUAAGACACCUGUCUCAAGAUGAAUAAUUUGCUUUCUUGAAUUUUUUGUUACCAUCAUACAUAAAUUAUUGUCAACAGAUGAACCUUCUUGUAUAAAAGUAAUUUGUAACUGAUAUAUGUUGUAGAUCAGUUUUAUUGCUUUGGUUUGAUUUUUCCUUCCCUAGUCUCAAAUCAUUGUACAUAAAAACUAAGGAUAAAAUGGAAUUGCAAAGUAUACAUGUGCAUACAUGUACCUAUAAAAAAAGCAUUUCUUUUGGCAUCCCAUCAGGACUAUGCAGGAGCUAUGAGGACUAUGAAUCAAUAAAGCAGAAAUAUGAAUCAAUAAACAAGUAAAUAAAGCAAUAAUUAUUGUGUCAACUAAGCAGUCUUGCACUUUUGUGAAUUUGAUGCACAUAAAUGCAGUAAUGAGAUUUUAGAAGAUCUGCACUGUAACUAACAGCCUGUCCCAGUGAUUAGACAUAAUGACUUAUUAUAAUUGCACGUAUAAUUAUUAUAAUACAGUUUUCCUAACAAUAAUUGUUAGGAAAACUGUCAAGAUUCAUCAGAAUUUGUUACAAUAAUCUUUGUUUUUAUUACUAUCUUUAGGUGUGUCUAAAGCAGAGGUAGUAAAAUGGUGUUUGGAUAACUCAUUUGAGCUCAUUAACAUGAUCUGUGAGGAGGAUGAAAAAGAUGAGGAGGAAGGUAUCCUGCUUAUUGUGGCAUGUCAUUCACUUUGUAACAGUUAAAUAAAUAAAAUACCAGACUCAGGACAUGAAAGUAGUAAACUGUCAUGUUACACCUUAGCAUUAUUGUUUACAGCUGAUUUGAAAUACCUUUUGUUUGAAUAAAUAAUCAUAAUUAAUAAAUUGGGAUAUGUUUUGCAAAAUCUAGCAUUGAAACGUCCAAUAAACAAUAACAAUGUGCAUUCAUCCUAGAUGACUUUCGUGAAAAGACAGGCAUAGACAGAGUGAUUGAAGCUCUUCAGUGUGCUGAGUGGCCUAAUAUGGAAAUGAGGGGUAUGAUUUAAUGAGCACUGAUACAUCCCCUGUCCAUGCUAUUGUUAAUUAGUUUAUGUUCUUGUUACUGUUGUUGCCUGCAAAUACAGCCACUUCCCAUUGCUCCCCCUUGCCAGGGACUUUUGUGACAGAGGUGUCUGUGUUUUUGUCCAAAAAUUAUAUUGGUGAUUAUUUGACAUACUACUGUAUGUAGCAACUACACGUAGUGUCCUCUUUCACCUAUUUUUUGCAAAUGGCAGACAAAACUCAAAAGUCUCUCUCAUGAAACAACCAGUGGUCUCCAGCAACAGGGAGUGACGAGAGGCAGCUGUAUUCACUGGCUAGUUACAGUAGUUAAUAUGCCAGUCUUGAUUCUGUUUAUUAUCUCUGUCAUUAAACAAGCCCAAAAUAGCACUGUGCUCAGUUACUAUUUAUAGACCUGAAACUCAGACAAACAAACUGAAAUUAACAUUAGCAAAUUCCUCACUUUUGUCUGUCUUUUGUCAUUAAAAUGCCAUGCUUGUCUGUCUUUUGUCAUGAAAAUGAGAAAAAUGACAAAACCCAGACAAAAAUUGCAAAUUAGUUACUCUGACAUCAUUUGUGCGCUAGGCUAUUGUCUUGAAGCUGAAAAUGCUCAAUGCCUGGCACUAAUUUUCACUUCAUUAGAACUGGGAGUGCUACUUAACUACAGUCUUUGCAUGUUAUAGGUAAAAUCCAGUCUUACAUUUAAACCAGUAUUCAGCCUAGGUUACCAGUGUAAGAACCAGGCCAGCAAAGAAACCAGAUGACAUGUUUUACUUCCAACAUGCAUGCAACUUGCAAGGUAGAAUGAACACGGCUACAGACUACACUCUUAUCUAAUUGAAUCUACACACUAAAACCUCGGAGCAGAGGACCAUACAUGUACAUUGUACUUUGUUGAAGAUCAAACAAAAUAAUAACAUUGUAUUGUAUUUUUUCACAUGCAGAGAGUCAAAGUCACAGAGUUACAAAAGUUUCCAGUAACGACCAAGAAGCAGUUAACAAAGAGGAUAAUAGUAAACAGAGUAGUAAAAAUGAUGGUGCUACAAAGAACCCAACUAGUUCAUUAGCAGCCAGUGACAAGCCUCAAGGUUAGUUUGUUUGUUUCUUUUGAUCAACUCUAGCAGCCAAAAGAGGAAACAGACAAAACAACUACCAUUAGAGAGUAAAAGCAUCAUGUAAAGGGUCUUGACACAAAAGACAACAUACUUAUCGCUGGGAGCCAGUUAGUUCUCAGCUUAAGGGAACAUUUAGCCUAUCAACAGAAGUUAUUCUUUUCGUUUCUGUCUUUGUUUCUUUCUUUUUGGUUUUUUUUUUUUUUCGACCAUUCGACAGUGCGCGAGCAUGGAGUGUGAGAAUGAGCGCAAAGUGUGAGAGAAAAAGAAAGGAACUAUUUCCUCUUUUGCCCGCCCCCACCCCCUUGCUUUUGAGGUCAAUAAAUCCCCAUGCACGUAACCGCUCAUCUUGCCACCAAUGAAGUCGCCACCAAAAUAACUCUGUAAUAAUAGACCUCUAAAGAGAAAUUAGGGAUCUGUGAACAGCAGGCGGCAUUAGGAUUCCAAAGAAACAUAAUAUCAGAGAAAAGUGGAUCCAACAUGGAAACAAAGUAGAGAAAACAUCUGCACUGUUACCCACUGAUAGAAAACCUAAAUGAAAAUCAUUGUGUGAUGUGACUGUCCAUUCUUGUGCUUGCUGAUGUCUCGUUUCUCAUAUGAAAUCACUUUGUGAUUGUUUCGUAGCCUUUGCACAGCCAACUGAUGACCUUGAAUUACUUAGCAACUUAGCAAGUGAUGGAGCUGAAAAUGAAUCAUUUGAGGAGCUAUUCCAGAAGCUUGCAGCAAUGAAAGGUCAGAAAUUGUUUGUUUGCACAGUAAUUUUUAGGGCGUUAUUAUAACUCCAAGAAUGGAGUAAAAAUUUUAGGUACAGGAUAACCCACUUUUUGGGGUUACUUUAACUCCUAAUUUAACUCCAAAUUUGGGGUCAUUUUUACUCCUGAAAAAGAGUCCUUUUUACUCCCAGUCUGGAGUUAAAAUAACUCCAAAAAUGGGGUUAUUUUUACUCCUUACAUGGGUUGUUUUUACUCUUUUUGGAGUUACUUUAAAUCUGAAAGUGGAGUAAAAAUUUUAGGUACAGGAUAACUCCUUUUUUGGGGUUAUUUUAACUCCUCGAUAUCUGAGGUCAUUUUUACUCCUGAAAAAGAGUUCUUUAAACUCCUUUUUGGAGUGAAAAUAACUCCCCAAAAAAUAACUCCACUGUAAGGAGUUAAAUUAACCCCACUAGAGGAGUUAUUAUAAAUCCUUGAAAAUUACUGUGUUUGUCUGCUUUGCUUGUUAAUUAUUACUAUCAUCAUCAUCUUUAUUAACAUCAUCAUAAACAUCAUCAUCAUUAUUAUCGUCAUUUUCAUCAUUAUAAUUAUUAUGUCAGCGGUCAUUGCUAAAGCAAGCGAGACUUAGAAAAUGCAAACGUUUCCUUCCUUUUUUUCGUGUGUACGUGCCAAAAGGGGAAUCAUGGUCCCAUGCGCUCCUAGCGGAAACCGCGAAAACUGUGGAAAAGAAUCGCGACGUGUCACAGCGCCAUGCUUUAUUUUGUGAAGGAAGCUUUGGAAAGAUUGAUGCGAAAGAUGUCGAGCUUUUCCGAAACGGGUCGGUCCACGAAAGCGUUGAUUACUUUGGAACAAUUGAAUACUUCAGUGAAAACUUCGAUGGUGAGAUUUCGUUAUAUGCAAACGAGUCUUAUGAUGAGCGUGCUGUUUAUUUUCGGCGAUGAUUGAUGUGACGCGCCAUGUUCAUCACGUUUUUGGUCUCUGGCAAAGAUGUAAUUUCUGUCGAAUUGAUAUUCGUGCAUUUAUCUCGACGUAGCUAAUCGAACAAAACCGAACUAAAUAUCAAUCGAACUCAAUCGAACCAAAUCGGACGGAUUAUUGUUCGAUUGGUUUAGGAAUGGAACAUAAUCGAACUGGAACUGUUCGGUGGCGGCGGUUCAAUUAAUCGAACUCGUGGGUUCGAUUACCGAACUCAAUCGAACCAAUCGAACUAAACGACGCGAUUUGUUUGAUGUUGCUCGGCAGAAAGGAAAAAGGAAAUAAACCAGUGAGAAUAGUUUUAAUUUAAAUAAUCAGAAACAUUUCCCUCUUAGCCAGGUAUGAAACGAAAAGUCACUUCAAUUGACUAAAAUCUUUAUUCUUUAAGUAAUCUAUAAAUUCACAAUUAAUACUGGAGGUCAAUGGCGGUAGCGAGCAUAAGAUUCACACUUCAACUUUGACGGUCAAUGUCCGAGCUGGCGGCCGCGGCCACCGUCAGUUAACGUAUGGGCUAGACCCCUAUCUCAAAAAUAAACUUUACAUCGACACCGACGGCGAAAGAGCACCCGUGAUAGCCCUCAUUUAUAACCACUCUCUUCCAGAAUUGGUAGUUUCACGCUGGGUUUCACGGUUUACGCUGUCUCUGCUCUCUCCGACAUCUACCCUGUGUACUUAUGUUGGAAAUUGAAGGUAAUACAACAUGUUUGUUGACAGCAACGCCUUGUUUGAAAGGAGAUGAAACUUGAUUUGUGUACAAUUUUUGAAGCUUUUAUUUCCGAACGUUCGUUUGUGUUCGAUUGCCAAAAAUUUGGGGUGAGCUCGAUCAUGUUGGAUUACCGAAACCAAUCGAAGUCAAUCGAACGAUUGGAGUUCGAUUGGGUUCGAUUGCCGAACGUUCGAUUGACUACGGCAGGAUUUAUACACGCGUACUCAAUUAUCGUCGAAUCGAAUACGAUAUAAAAGGUAACUGAUCCUUAAGAAUACUCGACCAUCGACAAAGUAGGAAGUGAAAAACUUUUAGCGAGAAAAUCCUGUUUCGUGUAUAAUUAAUCGCCUUCUCAAUUCUUACUUAAUCUCCAAAAAAGCGAGACUUGACGCUUUUUUAAGAGCGUCCUUGUUUUUUUGUAUUUAUUAAUUUUGUUUGCCCAGAAAUUGAUAAAUAUUGUAAUUGUGUCAUACCCCGUCUAACGGACACCUGUCAAUGCAGACACGGACUCCUUAAUUGCUUCCAGCCGUGUGCUGUUGUAAGCCUCACUUUUUAUAAAAGUAGAAAACCUUCGGAAUGAUUGUUUGUCGAUAUUCACCGUGCUACAGUAUACGAGAUAAGAUAAAAUGUAGACUUGAAUUUCUUCAGGCUGUUUGCCAACAGGGUUAUGUAGAGUUCUGUUUUUGAUUAAGAAAUGUGUGGAUUGGCGACUUUUGCGUGUUUCUACAGAAAUUAUCUGCUAAAUAUCGGCUUUGUGUAAGUCAGAAAAGUGUUUUAUCACCUCAGUAUUAUUUUUCCCACAUGCAGGUAAUAAAAUAAAAAAACAAAGAUUUUUGUACUAUGAAUACUUCCAGCAAAGCAUCAGAAACAACAUUCAUAAAAAAUACUUAUUACUUGGAGCUUUUUCUCUUCCUUUUCCUAGAGCGUGCGUCUUCACUACCUGCUGAAGAAAGGAAAGAUUACGCCGAAAGGGUAAGUUGCUUUCAUUAUACGUGCGUCAGUGGUAUUUUGUACACACUGUACACCUUUCCAUCUGCCAACUCAUCAACUGCCAAAGCGAGUCAGUUUCUCACUUCUGAAUUAAACCUCCGUCACUAUUUACUUUCCUAUAACGUCAGGCAAGCCAUUGGGCUCUAUGAUGAUAUCUUAACCACGGAAAAGAAACGCAAGUUAAAGUGGUUUGGGCAUGUAUCAAGAUCAUCAGGGCUUGCCAAGACAAAUUUACAAGGAAUAGUGGAAGGAGGGAGAAGAAGGGGCCGACAAAAGAAGCGUUGGGAGAAUAAUAUCUCUGAGUGGACAGGGUUGAAAUUUUGCAACGCCGUAAGAGAAGCUGAAAACAAAAUCAAAUGNCCCACAUGCAGGUAAUAAAAUAAAAAAACAAAGAUUUUUGUACUAUGAAAACUUCCAGCAAAGCAUCAGAAACAACAUUCAUAAAAAAUACUUAUUACUUGGAGCUUUUUCUCUUCCUUUUCCUAGAGCGUGCGUCUUCACUACCUGCUGAAGAAAGGAAAGAUUACGCCGAAAGGGUAAGUUGCUUUCAUUAUACGUGCGUCAGUGGUAUUUUGUACACACUGUACACCUUUCCAUCUGCCAACUCAUCAACUGCCAAAGCGAGUCAGUUUCUCACUUCUGAAUUAAACCUCCGUCACUAUUUACUUUCCUAUAACGUCAGGCAAGCCAUUGGGCUCUAUGAUGAUAUCUUAACCACGGAAAAGAAACGCAAGUUAAAGUGGUUUGGGCAUGUAUCAAGAUCAUCAGGGCUUGCCAAGACAAAUUUACAAGGAAUAGUGGAAGGAGGGAGAAGAAGGGGCCGACAAAAGAAGCGUUGGGAGAAUAAUAUCUCUGAGUGGACAGGGUUGAAAUUUUGCAACGCCGUAAGAGAAGCUGAAAACAAAAUCAAAUGGAGGGAGAGGGUUGCUAUGUCCGUGGCGCCUCAACGGUCAUUGACUACGGGAUAGCUGCAGGUGCAGGUGCAAUGUCAUGUUCUGAACUAUUAAUUCUAUUUUUUUGUUCCUCUUGUAAUUGUCAACAGGUUGCCAUUGCAUUUUGGCGCGCCAUGGGUGGAAGCGAAGAUGAAAUCGCUGGUUUAGGAGAAGACAGUGACAGCUAA